UCUAGAGAGGGCCGCGUAGCUUCUUCGGGGGGGAAAGGAGCCUCCGAAUGCCCCCCACAUCCUCAAGGGGGUAUAAAGGUGGCGCAGGCUCAUCCACAGAGUCACAGAAAGAGGCGGCAUCGCAGAAGCCGACAUGAAUCCAUUGAUCGCGUGUAUGUUCGUGGCCCUGGCCGGGGUUGCUCUAGCCGAGCCCCCAGUAUCCUCGGGAUACAGUUACAGCAGCCCAAGCAUCGGGGGAGGCGGUGGUUAUUCCCUCGGCGGAGGAGGUGGAUACUCCUUCGGCGGAGGCGGAGGUGGCGGUUACUCCCACGGAGGCGGAGGUGGCGGUGGCGGUGGUUACACUCAAGUCAGUACCGGCUACCAAACGAACGAAGGUGCUUCCGUCGACGGAGCCCUCCUCGAACAGAUCCGUCAGAUCCUCCUGAAGGAAGAACUCCAGUCUCAGCAGAGCGGAGGCUUCGGCGGAAGCGGAUACGCUCCAAGUUCCAGCUAUGGCGCUCCCUCUCCCCAAUACGGAGUCCCCAGCCCCCAAUACGGAGUACCGAGCUACCAGACUCGCGUCGUUGGUGUCGAUCUUGAGGGCAUCAGACAGGCCAUCCAGGUUGCCCAGUUCAAUCAGAUCAGCCACGGACCCAGCUUCGGGGGAUACCCAAGCGGGCCAAGCUCUGGCUAUGGUGCGCCAAGCAAACCAAGCGGCAGCUACGGAUCCCCGUACUAGAUAAAAUUCACCAAACUAAUGAAACUUAUCGUUAGCUAACAUCAGGCCUGGCAACGAUCGACUUUACAACCCUGGGCGAAACAUCCAAGAGCGAUGAUCGAGAGUCUAUUUUUUCACCAUCUUCGAUCAUUGAGGGUGAUCAUCCGCACCGACAACGAAGGAAGAUUGUAUCUUCAAGGUCUGCCUUGCUGAAGAUUGAACAGUCGUAGCUUCAUCAGGGCAGAUAGUGGAGAAGUUCGCGAAUCAUCGAUCUUGGUUUUUUCAACGGUACAUCGUUGCGGAACAUCACUUUGAAAAAUAUAAAAAUAUCAACACCGAAAGUCGAUUCGAACUAAGGAGGAAAAAAAAAGAAUAAGGAAAAAAUACGUUGCCGGAUGAAGAAUUAACGUAGGAAAAUUCAACUAUUCUUACCGACGAGAAUACAAAUACGAAAGAUCACCUGAUUAAAUAUAUAUUUAAAAAUGCAAGAAUUAAAAAGAACGACCGAAUCGGGUCUCGUCAUUUCGCGCCUUAAAAAAGCGCGCUGUAAAUACAGCGGAAGUUGUGAAGUAAUGCUGUUUGGGUGAUAGAUUCUUCUGGGCAUUCCAAAACUAUCUGUACCAAAUUAUUUUAUUUUUAUUUUUUUCAUUAUUAUAUUGAUUUUUUGGUACAAGAUGAACGACAUACGGAAAAUACUUGAAUCUAACCCAAACGCAAACACACACCCAUAACACUCUUUCACACACACACGUAGACACGGACACGCAAACACUGCACACUCAUGAGAAGUACACGCGAGUGCGAUAUGUUUUUUUAUACCUUAUGUAAUAACUCUCUCUGUCUUUCUCUCUACUAUUAUACGCAUUUUUUAUACUUGUAUAAAGGCUUUUUUUGUAGAAAAAAUAAAAAAAAAAAUACGUCGCCACCGUUAAA